UCACCAACGUCAUCACUCUGCGACCUAACGUUUCCGCGACGGGUACAGUACAGCGAUGGCGAGUGGUAAAAAGAGUGCUCCACUUUCCUCUUUGGCGGACUAUGGGGACGAUUCAGAGCCCGACUCUGAACCCGAACCAGAAGAGACAGGGGGGCGUGGAGGGGGUCUGGUCUACAGCUACGAUGAGGAUGACUUGAACCGAACAGAGGAUGUAGAGGACAAGGUGUCUGGAGAUGAAGACAGCAGAGAGAGCAACUCGGAGAUGGAAGAUUCUGACGAGGGGAGGGACGCAGAUGAUGUUGAGAUCUUGGAGACAGAAAGAAAAGACCCCAAUGAGCUAGUUGCUCUCUUCUCAGAGAAGGUGAGGAACAUGUCACCUGACGAGAUCAGGAUUCCCCCCGAGCCCCCCGGACGCUGCUCCAACCAACUACAGGAGAAGAUCCACAAGCUGUAUGAGAGGAAGCUUCAUGGAGACUUUGACACAAACAGCCACAUUCAGAAAAAGAAGGAGUUCAGAAACCCCAGUAUCUACGAGAAGCUCAUUCAGUUCUGUGGGAUCGAUGAACUGGGAACCAACUACCCAAAGGACAUGUUUGAUCCUCAUGGCUGGUCAGACGACUCCUACUACGAAGCUCUGGCUAAAGCUCAGAAGGUGGAGAUGGACAAACUGGAGAAAGCCAAGAAGGAGAGGACCAAGAUUGAGUUUGUGACGGGGACGAAGAAGGGCACCAACCCCUCCAGCACAGCAGCCCCCACCACCAGCAACACCACCACCACCACAGCCACAGCAGAGGCCCAGAAGAGGAAGAGUAAGUGGGACUCUGCGAUCCCUGUGACCCUGGCCCAGCCCACCCUCAUCACCACCACGGCCACCCUGCCCAACGUCGUCUCCGUGACAACCACUGCCAGCGGUACCAAAACCACAGUCAUCUCUGCAGUGGGCACCAUUCUGAAGAAGGCGAAGCAGUGAUGGAGCAGGGGGCGGAGCUACUGAUCCCCAACAGAGACUGACGUAAACACCUGGAACACCUGUGUUCUCUUUCACUCAGUAUACACGUGACGAGACGCAGCGUGAGGACAAACGACCUGAGGACUCUACAGACACUUCCUGCUCCACCUGGACCAGACUCAGACCUCCUGCUCCACCUGGACCAGACUCAGACCCCCUGCUCCACCUGGACCAGACUCAGACCUCCUGCCUUCUGUCUCUGGGACAGUGUGAUGGCUGCUGUUUUUCAUCUUCCUGUUUAUUAGUUUAACAUGAAUGUGACCUGGUUCAGUAAGAAAACGACUCUGACUCAGUUCUGGUAGAAACAUCUGAACAAAGUUUAUUUUUAUAUCACACUCGUAGUUCAGUGUUUUCAUGUCUCCGCGUUUUCAGCUCUGUGUUGUAGCUCAACGUGUCGUUCUUCAGAUGUUUUUUUUUUCCUUCAGAUUCAGAUUUUUUUACACUUGUACAUAUGUGUUGAUGAUGGUGAAUAAAUGGAUCAGAUGUUGCCUUUUCAGAUGGA